AUGCCUCUUUACGACUGUAUGCUUUUGUUAAAGCCCCAUGUCACGAAAGAGGCUUUGAUGGAAUUGGUUUCCCGGGUUGGAAAACAUGUGUAUAGGAAAAAUGGAGUGGUCGCUGAUAUAAAGUCUUUUGGGACUGUUCAAUUGGGUUAUGGUAUCAAGAAGCUUGAUGGAAAAUAUUUUCAGGGCCAACUGAUGCAAAUGACGAUUAUGACACCCCCCAGUAUGAUCAAGGAGCUGCAUUACCUGAACAAGGAAGACCGAUUGCUUCGCUGGCUCUUGGUUAAACACCGUGAAAUCAAAUAUGGACUGGAAUUUUUGAGUGAAGAUGAUGCUAAAAAUGAGCUUAACAGGUUCAGAAGCAACUUAUAUGACAAUGACGACACUGAUCAGGAUGAAGACGAUGAAGAUGUCGACAAUGAAUAUCAAGUGGAGCAAGCAGAGACAAAGGAUGCCUGA